GCCGCGUCAACGUCUGCGACGACGUCGACACUACGACCCUGCACAGCAUGGCAAGGGUGGCGCUGGAGAUGUGCCCAUCACGCGAGCUGCCGACCAGGCGGACACACAUCUACACGGACGGCAGCUACAACGGCAUCCCACAUACAGCCGCCUGGGCAGUUGUCAUUGUCGACGAGUACGACGACGGGCGCAACUUACGAGGCCCGUUCGGCUUUCGGGGCUUCAUUGCUGGCAAGGUCACCGAGACCCUAGACGACAUGGCAAACAACGAGAAGGUGACGGCAUACACAGCUGAGCUCACGGCAGUACUUUGGGCACUGAUGUGGGCCCUUGGUCAAGACACCGACGCGCCCAUCGAGAUCACGCCCGACGCCCUCAACGUUAUCAACCUGGCCAAAGGCGAAGCCCAAUGCCACGUACAUCCGAGGUUGGGGGCCGCCAUUCGCACGCUUGCAGGCCUCCUCCAACAAGCCCGACCUACCCAGUGGCACCAUAUUAACUCGCACAUCGGGCACCCUUGGAACGAGCUCGCAGAUGGGAUAGCAGAUCAAGCUUCGGCCAGCGACCUGAUGGACCCGAACAUUGCAGCAGUGCAGGCGAUCGCUCACAACAAGUUCCUUUCCUGGGAAUGGCUGCGAUCAGAGCCAGAUGCGGUCAAGGCCGCAUACCCGCCCUUGCGGAACAAAGACUUCAUCAUCGAGGCCACCCAGCCGCAGGCAGCCCCAGGAGCGAUCCAGAGGCCCAUCAGCACCACCACCAUCAAGGCCGACCUCAACGUGAAUUUGUGCACCUACAACUGCAGAUCACUCAAGGCCGCCGUCAGCUUCAAGUCGGGCAAAGGCAAGGCGGCCGGCAAAAGCAAGCAGAGCCUCUCCAAGGUCACGCACCUAGCAGCGCAGUUUGCUGACAUGGGCCUGCACGUCGUCGCCCUGCAGGAGACGCAGAGCGAAGGAGACGUCCGCAAUGUAGGUGAAUAUGUUUGCUACUCAUCAGGCCACACGCAGCAGAACAGAGGAUGCGACAUCUGGCUCAACGUCUCCCAACCAAUCAGCGCGAGUGGGGCGGCGAAGUACCUAAGUGCCAAAGACGCCCUCGUCCUCCACCAGCACGACAGGCUCUUGAUCAUCAAGACCCGCGUUGCAGGCACAGACAUGGUUAUCGCAUCAGCAUACGCACCCCACGAAGACUCCCACGCGGCGGAGAAGAGAGAAUUCUGGGAGUCUGCUCAGCGAUUGUCUGACAAGUACCGAGUGGACAUCUUCAUGGGGGACCUGAACGGGCGUCUUGGCGACUACGAGUCCCCAGGAGUUGGCACCAGUGGGUGCCCAGAAGCGACCAACGGCAAUGGCAAGCACAUCAUCAGCUUCGCUGCCGACACCAACAUGGAGGUCAUCAACACCACGAGGGAUCCAGGCAACAACUCAUAUACGCACGUCGGAUCGAAGGGGCAGCACCACAGGAUAGACUACAUCCUGCUGAGCUCCUCGAUCGCCCCGUACGUCGCGAGCUGCAGCACCGAGCCAGGUCUGGACCGAGGCACAGCUGCACAAGACCACAUACCAGUACUAGCCACCCUCAAGUGGGCCGUCUGCAAGACCACCAAGGCCUCAGGACCGAGGCCCGACCUGACCAACUUGAACAAUGACGUCGCCAAGGCCAGCUUCAAGGAGAUUCUCAAGCAGGCCCCGAUCAUCCCCUGGGAGGUGGACGUCAACACCCACUGCGAGGAGGCCACCAGGGUCGUCAACGACGCGGCCAUCCAGGCCUUCGGCAAGGCCGCCAAGGCAACGAGGAAGCCCUACGCCACCAAGACUACCAUGGGCCUGAUCCGAGCCAGGCGCCUCGCACUCCGAGUCCACCGCGCAGUGCUCAGAGGAGAAGCCCAUGACGACCGACCUGGACGACUAGUAGCCCACGCCCAUUCUCUUCGUGCAGGCGAAGUAGGGGACUCACUCUCCCUGUGGAGCAGAGAGCGUGGCGAUGACGAUGGCACCAUCCACGACAUCCACCACUACGCGCACCUCCUCCUGAACUGGACAAUCUCGCCCAUGGUCUACGCCAUGGCCAUCCUUUCCUUCCUCACCAGGUCUGGGCCCAUCGUUGCCGCGGCCGUCGAGAAGGACCGCAGCGCAUUCCUCAGUCGGCUUGCCUCGACUGCGUCCUCCGCCUCCGCUGCGAACGACGCUGCGGCCCAGUGGAAGGCUCACCGCGACCUACUAAGGUAUGGAGGGAGGAAGGCGAAGUUCCCAGCAGGAAAGCCUAUGCGGCUCGACAAGGAUGGAGAGGUGAUCCACAACUCCCAGGACAUGGCGGACCAGGAGCUUAACCAUUUCGCGAAGAUACAGGCGGGCAAGAUCGUGACAGCGGAUGAUCUUGCCAACAAGUACAAUCACGACAGCAAGAUCAGGCCCUUCGACGGCAUGCUGGAUCUCUCCAUGGUGAUGCCCCUGGCCGUCUGCCAGGCCCAGUUCGCCGCGGCCAAGGCUGGGACGCAAGGAGGCCCCGACGGGCUCACGAACGCUGUCCUCAGGGCGGCCCCCACAGAGGCAGCGAGGCUACUGCACCCCCUCUUCACCAAGGUGGCGACCACCGUGCGGGAGCCGCUGAGCUUCAAGGGUGGAGACCUGGUCGCAAUUCCCAAAGGAAAAGGCGACCCAAGGUACCUCCAAGCCUACCGCGAGAUCCUCUUAAACAACGUCCUGGGCAAGCACCACCACAAAUACCUAAGGACCAUGCUCAACACUACCCUCGCCAUAGCGCUGGAGGACAUCCAGGAGGCCUUCUACUCGGUUGUAGCCCAGCUGGUUCAUGGCAUCCCAGGCGAGGAGGACGAAGUCAAGGAGGUGCUAGAGAACCUCGAGGUUCCCCUGUGGGCCCAGCCGCAGCUGGAGCACCUCAUGGCCAACCCAGGGAUACUCGACACAGUGUUGGACGGCUCCCACCUGGCUGCCCUCAUUGCAGAAGGUUACCGCAACAGGUGGACAUCACACAGGUUCUCCCAGAACCUUAUGGCGCCGCACAAGGGCACGAGGCCUGGCGUGCCCCUGGCCGACGCGGACUUCAAUCUGCUAUUCGGCCGA